UAGUAUUGAUGAAAAGAAGACAAUUCACAUAAGCUAGUAUUUUUACAACCUUACUUCCCAUCAUCGUACAAAUGUUACAAUAUAUGAGUGAUUAUUGUGUUUAGUGAAUGGUGAAAAACUCUCUCUUAUCUUAUAUAUCUGGAGCAUAUCUUGUCAUAUCUCGAUUAUAACACGCUCUCGCCAUGGAAGAAACAUGGAUAAUAUCACUACUGUUGGGAAUAUUACCAAUCGUAGGGUUGAUAUUAUGGUGGUGGAAUGAGAUUUGGUAUUUGAGAGGAAUCAAGGUUAGAUGCUCAAAAUUAUUUAACACCAAUAAUAAUAAUAAUAAUAAUAUUGUGAAAAUACCACCUGGUCACUUGGGUUUUCCUUUCAUCGGAGAGACUCUAUCAUUACUAUGGUUCUUCAACAUCAUCGCCCGCCCUGAUGAUUUUAUCACCUCUAAGAAAUACAAGUAUGGAGAAAAUGUGGGUGCAUACAGAACCCAUUUGUACGGAUGUCCAAGCAUCAUAGCAUGCUCUCCAUCCCUUUGCAAAUUUGUACUGAAUUCAAGUGACAAAUUCAAACAAGAAUGGCCAACCACCCAAGUUUUGGGUGCUAAUUCUGUAAUAACACUUGAGGAGGGCCCACGCCAUGGUGUUAUCAAGAAUUUUAUUGUCAAUUAUAUUAACCGUCCUGCUUCUCUAACCCGGUUUCUGCUCCAUGUUCAACCUACCAUAAUCCAAGCCCUUCAAUUAUGGUCCCACCAGCACAAAAUCAAGACAUUUUAUCAAGUCAAAAAGGUGACACUUGACUACACUAUGAAGUACAUGGCUCAUCUUGAAGCUGGAACUCAAAUACAUGUUAUUGAGAAGUUAUUCGAGGGUGUAGCUUCUGGCUUUAGAUCUCAACCAUGGAACAUUCCUGGAACAAGUUUCUAUCAUGCCCUCAAGUGCCGGAAAGAGAUAAUGAAGAAGCUGAAGGAACAGCUAGAUAAGAUGAAGCAGAAUACUGCUAUCGAAGCAACGGAUCAAUUAGAGAGUAGAAGUAGUGAUUUAAUGAGUGGAUUGUUAGAGAUGAAGGAUGAAGAAGGAAGACAUUUAAGCGAACAAGAGGUUUUAGAAAAUGUUUUAAGCACUAUCCUCUUGGGUCAUAUGUCCAUUGCUUAUGUCUUGACUUGGUCUCUCUACUUCUUACACAAGUCUCCUCAACUUCUUCUUAAGCUUCGGGAAGAGAACAUGGCGAUGGUAAAGAAGAUAAAUAGUGGGAGCCUUACGUAUGAAGAUAUCUUGAAGCUCAAGUAUACAAACAAGGUUGCGGAAGAAACAAUUAGAAUGGCAAAUAUCGCAGGAUUUGUAUUCAGGAAAGUUACUGAUGAUGUUGAAUUUAAAGGUUACAUUAUACCAAAAGGUUGGAAUGUGAUUAUAUGGCUUAGGUUCCUUCACAAUGAUCCCACCAAUUUUGAUGAUCCAAUGAACUUCAAUCCAGAUAGAUGGGAUGUAGCACGCCCGAAGCAUGGAGCAUACCUUCCUUUUGGCAGAGGUUCAAGAAGUUGUGCAGGGAACACACUCGUUCGAGCAUCUCUUGUCCUUUUCCUCCAUCAUUUGUCUAUUGGAUAUGAGUGGGAGUUGCUUAAUCCUAAUUCCAAGAUCAAAUAUCUUUCACAUCCAUUACCUGUGGACGGCCUUGAGAUUUCUAUCAGGAAAAUUUAAGAAAUCACUAGUAUGGCCGUGUCAAUGUACGGGAUAUCUAUAUCGUGAUAAGAUGUCAACUACUCUUUUCAAAUGAUAAUUAUGUGAUUUUUAGUAUUAUAAUAAUAGCCCUGAUUUUAAGUAACUCUUACAGUGCUGUGAAAUAUAAUUAUUCUCUUAAUCUCACUCUUAAAAUAGUUUAGAAACAAA